AUGUCCACACAUGGGCUCCAGAAGAGCCUGCUGCUGGAUUUGCUCAACUCCACCCUUAUGGCUACUUCCAACCUCACAUUGGCCAGUAACCAGACAGGACCCUGGUGCCUGCAGGUGUUCAUACCAGAUGGCCUCUUCUUCAGCCUGGGGCUGGUGAGCAUGGUGGAGAACGUGCUGGUGGUGGUUGCCAUUGCCAAGAACCGCAACCUGCAUUCGCCAAUGUACUGCUUCAUCUGCUGCCUGGCCCUGUCGGACUUGCUGGUGAGCACAAGCAUUGUGUUGGAGACCACCAUCAUCCUGCUACUACAGGCGGGGGCCUUGGUGACCAGGGCUGCCGUGGCGCAGCAGCUGGACAAUGUAAUCGACGUGCUUAUCUGCAGCUCCAUGGUGUCCAGUCUCUGCUUUCUUGGAGCCAUUGCUGUGGACCGCUACAUCUCCAUCUUCUACGCUUUGCGUUAUCACAGCAUUGUGACGCUGCCCCGGGCACGAUGGGCCGUCGCUGCCAUCUGGGUGGCCAGCAUCUCCUCCAGCACCCUCUGCAUCGCCUACUACAACCACACAGUGGUUCUGCUCUGCCUCGUCACCUUCUUCCUAGCCCUGCUGGUGCUCAUGGCAGUUCUGUACGCCCAUAUGCUCAUGCGGGCUAGUCAGCACGCCCGGGACAUUGCCCGGUUUCAGAGGCAGCGCCCUACUCGCCAGGGCUUCUGCCUCAAGGGGGCCAUCACCCUCACUAUCCUGCUGGGCAUUUUCCUCCUGUGUUGGGGCCCCUUCUUUCUACACCUUACACUCAUCAUCCUGUGCCCCAAGCACCCCACCUGCAGCUGCAUCUUCAAGAACUUCAACCUCUUCCUCACCUUGAUCAUCUUCAGCUCCAUCAUCGACCCCCUCAUCUACGCCUUCCGCAGCCAGGAGCUCCGCACAACGCUCAGGGAGGUGCUGCUGUGCUCCUGGUGA